ACCCGUAUUAUGCGCUGCUGGUGAUGAUUGUGUUGGUCGUGCUGGUGUUGAUUCUACUGGUCAUAGUGGGAGCGCUGUGGCUGCUGUGGGGAGUGUCAAAGAAUAUCACCUUCAACAGCUGGCGUCGCUUCGAUACGUACUUAGGCGGAUGGCCGACCACGACCAUCGAGGGUAUCAAACACACAGUCAAUACUACAAUCCUACCGGUGGUACGCCGUAUGGGUGGGCGAUUGGGAGAGAAGUUCAGGGCCGCUGCCAGAGAGAAUGUGCAGGAGAUAGCCACGUCGCUGGUUAUUCUGCUGAUCGGAUUGGCAUCCAUUACGUUCUUACUGUUCAUGAGUUUCCA